CGCACGUACCAUAGCGCUCAUGCAUGUUCCUCUCUUGAUUAACCCGACGAUACAUUCUUGCAAAAAGUUUGGGAAAAGGCUUUCUUCGAAGACCUGCUAAACUCACUAGGUGAAAUGGCUGCCAAGGUGGACAUAUUUGCGGCCAAUCUUCCAAACUUGACAGACGAGGAGAUGGAUAUGUGUCGAAAAGCAUUUGCGAUGUUCGACAAGGACGGGAGUGGGACUAUUGACACCAAGGAGCUGCGGACCGCGCUCUCAGCGCUAGGUCAGAACCCGACAGAGGAGGACAUGUUCGUCAUGAUAUCACAGGUGGAUCAGGACGGCAGCCGCUGCAUCGAGUUCAAGGAAUUUGUCCGCGUGAUCCAGAUCAACAAGCAGAUGUCAGCUAAGGACGCGGAUGAGGCAGACACGCUGGACGCCUUCGUGGCACUAGGCGGCAACCUGGACAAGACGGGCCGCAUCUUGGUCGACAAGCUACGAUCCAUCUGUGAGGAGUUCGAGCUGACUGUCAACGUGGACCGGCUGGUAAAGGACGCGGACCGCGAUCUCAACGGCUUCCUGUCCUACGACGAAUUCCGGGCGCUGCUGUCGUGAUGAGCAAUGAGAGCAGCCGCGCGAGCUGGAAGAGUUUGGGCAGAGCAGCAGCGGGAGCAGGAGCAGGAGGGGGACAGGGCGACCACGGGUUGUUAGCAGCGGUGUGUGUGAAGAUUGUGAGGUGCAAGACAGGCAUUGGUAAUGCCAGAAAGACCCCAUCAGGAGGCCAGACGGAGAGCUGCUGGCGGCAGUAGGAGAAGCAGAGGAGCCGGGGCCGAGCGGCAUGUGGCUGACUGGCUGCCUGGUCGGUUGUGUGAUGCAGCAGCACGAGCUUGUUGAACGCACGGAGGACAGGACAUGGCCGGCCGUGCAGCACUAGGUGCGGUUUGAGGUGAGGAGUGCGAUGUGGAACCGAGGCUAUGCGCGUAGGAGGUUUGCAUGUGCUGGAGCAGUAGCGCACGCCUGCUUACAGCAUGAAGGGCUGCAUGGACGCAAGGAGGAAGCAUGCGUAAGCCCCAUGGCCCAUGGCCGACUUGACUGGCAACCAUGGCGCAGUGCACGGAAACGUUGUACUGUGCUUUGCUACACCAGCACGGCGUGACAUUGAGAUGUGGGCGCACAGAACGUUUCGUGGGCGGCACUAACACUGUACGCUGCUGGGCCGAUUGCGUUUGACUGCGACAAUGUAUGUGGACUGUCACUGGGUUGCCUGCAGCGUGUGUGCGCGGAGUCUGGAGGAAAGGUUGAUCCUGUCCUCCCCAGCCGUACGGCCUAGGUCCGUGAUGUGAGGAGCUAGAUAGAUUUAGCGCUAGCCCUCUGACACCGUCCUGAGUGGUUGCCUGUUCUAGGCGCAAACUCAACACAGUGCUUCGGCGUGUGGGGCCGCGGCGCUGGCGAGAGCCACGGAUGGCCCUAGUACCGUGGGGGCAUGUCGCACCUGGGUGGAGGGCACUGUAACCUUGGGUAAGU